AUGUAUUCAUGUAUACCAAUGAUGAAUGGAUCAAAAGUUUGCAAUAAUUGUGUUUGUAUGCAGUUGCAUUACAUUUGGUGCAAUGGUGUACAAGGAAGGACAGAUCUGGUGUGGAUACCGAAUAUGAGAGAAAAUAAAGUAGCAGAAGAGCUUAUGGAUGGCAUGAAUCGGAGACUCAUCGAAUGGAAAGAACGGGUGCUAUUACCAUCAUCGGCAUCAAAAAUCGUUACCUUUGAUGAUAGAAUCAUAUCAACAGCAAUAAGUAAUGUAGUACGCCAACAGUACGUUCAGUACAAUCAAGUACAUAAGACGUUUUUACGAAGUCAAAAUGCGAGGACAUUUGCCGAUGACAUGAAGGAUACCUGGGUUUUCAACAAUACAUUUACUCCUAAGGCGAAAGCUAGACUUAUACCAGAAAAGACAACGUUCUAUGCAUAG